AUGCGCUUGUCCUACGGCCUCAUUUUUCUGGCAUUGGCUAUUAAUCUUCCCUGGGUAGCUGCCGAUGUCAAGUUCACAGUCCCAGCUGCUGGCGCUUCGAUUCCAGGUGGCACAGCAUUCACAGUUGCCUGGGCCGACUCUGGCAAUGCGCCAGCGCUGGCAGACCUCACAUCCUACACGCUUUUCCUUUUCUCGGGCUCCAAUGCUGUACCAGCCCAGUUGUUGAAUUUGAAGGCCGCGACUUUCGCAGCAGGGAAUACGAUCAGCGUCAUAGUACCAGUUGGAACAGGAGCAACGGGUACCAAUGUAUACUUCCUGGGCAUGCUCUCCGUAGCCACCGCCGGAGGAACAGUCUGGAACUACUCCAACCGCUUCACCCUCACGGGCAUGACGGGUACCUUUUCCGCCACCGUCAUGGCAAAUAAUAAGCUCGUCACAGGCACAACCGGGCCCGAUACCGUCAAUGCCGUCGUGUCAGCCGCGGCCGUAGGAUCUACCGCGGCAGCAGUAGGGGCAAUAGGAGACCCCUGGGCAGUACCGUAUAACUUGCAGAUUGGCCUGACGAAGUACGCGCCGAUGCAGUCCGUCCCGCCCACUGCGAUCGUGACGACGAAUACCAAGCCGUUGUGGCCGACGUCGGCAGUGCAGUUCGCGACGACGUUUUUGCCGAUUCCGAGUGAGGUUACGACACUUACCCAGUCGAUGACUUGGAGUGUGUCGAGCCGCGUGAACACUGCUCCUGCUGCUGCAAUGCCAACGGAUGAUAUGCAAAAGUUCUUGGCUAGGUGGAAGGACUGA